UCCGAUUCCGUCCGACCUUUGUCGACAAAGAGAGAGAUAGAGAGAUGAACAUAAUAUUCACAGGAGUGCCUGCCCCGCCGUGUUGUAAAGUCCGACGGAAUAAAUAUUGUUCGAAGGGAAUAGAUAAUAAAAUCGUAAAUAUCAUCAUAGAAGGAAGGGAAAGAGAGUCUACGGUACGUUUGUCGUAAUUAUUUUAAUACGUCCAGUCUCCCAUGUUUGUUUGUGUGGGGCGAAAUUGAAUUCAUGGAUUAGGAUAUGAAUUGUACGGAUCGAAUCGGCGGAACCUGCACGGAGCAAGCACAGGAUGAUAAUGCGGCUCUAACUUAUGGCUCGAUUUGUACAUUGCGAUCGGUGAAUUUGACGAAUAGGUCGAGGCUGGUGCUGGCGAUUUGAGCUGUUGAGCUCGGUCGCCCGGUGUGGUGGGUGUGGGUUUGGAAAUGGCUGAGAAGAAGGGCAGCGCUGGGACUAGUGGCCACUCUCCUCCUGUUCCGAAGAUGGUGACGCUGGAGGAAUUCGUCAGCAGAACGGUGCCUUUGAUUCAACUGGAAAAGGAUGCGGAGAUUGCAGCCUCUGUUGGAUCCCUUGCAACUCUCAAGCCCGAAGCAGCUGAAAAGAAAGGAGUUACUCUCCUCAACUUGAAAUGUUCGGAUGUCCAGACAGGACUCUUUGGCAAGACAGUGCUGGAGCUAAAGCCGAAUAGGGGUGAAUUGCUGCCACCUCAUAAGAUGACUCCCCAUGAUGUGGUGGUACUGAAGUUGAACAAGUCCGACUCAGCCAGCACACCACUAGCACAAGGAGUCGUGUAUCGAGUGAAAGAUGGCUCCAUCGUCAUCGCUGUAGAGGAUGUCCCUGAAGAUGGUCUCAAUUCACCUCUUCGUCUUGAGAAACUUGCAAACGAGGUCACCUACAAAAGGCUGAAAGAUACACUCAUAGAACUCAGCAAAGGUGUAAAUAAAGGGCCUGCCACAGAACUUGUUCCAGUUUUGUUUGGAGCUAAGGCCCCAAGCUUUGCAAAGAAGCAGUUGUCCUUCACCCCAUUCAAUAGGGACCUCGAUCAUUCACAGAGGGCCGCCAUAGCGAAGGCACUUAUUUCAAACAAUGUAAUGCUCUUACAUGGACCACCCGGUACUGGGAAGACCACGACGGUUGUGGAAUUGAUCUUACAGGAGGUGAAACGAGAAAGCAAGGUUCUCGUUUGUGCAGCAUCAAAUAUAGCGGUUGACAACAUAGUGGAAAGACUUGCAUGUCACAAGGUUUUGAUGGUUCGUUUGGGUCAUCCUGCACGGCUUUUGCCUCAAGUUUUGGAUAGUGCUCUCGAUGCCAAGGUCAUGAAAGCGGACAACAGUGCGUUGGCAAACGACGUUAGAAAGGAAAUGAGGGUCAUCAGUAGUAAACUUCUCAAGGCUAAGGAUAGAAAGACUAGGGGAGAUUUACGACGGGAACUAAGAAAUCUGUCUAAAGAGGAAAGGCAAAGGCAACAACAAGCAGUGACAGACGUUAUUAAAGACUCGUCUGUCAUCUGCACUACUUUGACUGGGGCUCUCUCUCGUCAGCUGAAUCAGACUAACUUUGAUGUUGUGAUAAUUGACGAGGCGGCACAAGCACUUGAGGUGGCUUGCUGGAUUGCACUUCUAAAGGGUCGUCGUUGCAUUCUAGCAGGAGAUCAUCUACAGCUGCCUCCUACUGUUCAGAGUGUGGAAGCAGAGAAAAAAGGGCUAGGUAUCACUCUAUUUGGACGUCUGGCAGCGCUAUACGGUGAUCAGAUAACGUCAAUGCUGACUGUUCAGUAUCGAAUGAACGAAUUAAUAAUGGGUUGGUCUUCGGGAGAACUUUACGAUAAUAAGAUCGAAGCUCACGAUAGUGUUAAGGACCAUACUUUGAGUGAACUGGACGGCGUGACGAGCUCAUCGGCAGUAGAUCCCACACUCAUUCUCAUAGACACCGCUGGGUGCGACUUGGACGAGGUCAAAGAUGAUGCUGAUAGCACCAUGAACGAGGGUGAAGCAAAAGUAGCAGUUGCCCAUGCUCUGAGACUCCUUGACGCUGGAGUCAAGGCCUCAGACAUAGGCAUCAUCACUCCGUACAACGCUCAGGUCGGCGUUCUUAGACUGAUGAGAGCUGGAGACAAGAAGCUUGCAGAUAUAGAAAUAAGCAGUGUAGACGGUUUUCAAGGACGUGAGAAAGAGGCCAUCAUAAUCUCAAUGGUGCGGUCGAAUGAGAAGCAUGAGGUGGGGUUUUUGAGUGAUAAUAGGCGAAUGAAUGUGGCUGUCACUCGUGCACGACGACAAUGUGUGAUCAUAUGCGAUACGGAAACAGUAUACAAGAACCCUUUUUUGAAGCGUCUGGGUAACUACUUUGAAGAAAACGGAGAGUAUCUGAGUGCCAUGGAAUAUUUAAAGUGAAGGUCGAUGUCUCCGUAGUCAACCCACGUGGAUUUCUCCUGCCUCACGAAGAAAAUUUAGUUUAUCUUAAUUCAGUCGAAUUUGUGAAGCGCGGAAGCCUACUCCUAUAGCAUGGAAUGGUUUGGAACCCUGUGGAUGAUCUUGUUGGGCUAUGUUGUCCACUCGAGAGGCUAUCUCAAUUUCGAAGCCUCAUAUAUUUCUCAAUUCAUUCAUUUAUAAAUUCUAUUACACAAUGGUGGC